AUGUUUAGUAGUAGUAGUAGUAGUAGUAGUAGUAGUAGUAGUAGUAGUAGUAGUAGUAGUAGUAGUAGUAGUAGUAGUAGUAGUAGUAGUAGUAGUAGUAGUAGUAGUAGUAGUAGUAGUAGUAGUAGUAGUAGUAGUAGUAGUAGUAGUAGUAGUAGUAGUAGUAGUAGUAGUAGUAGUAGUAGUAGUAGUAGUAGUAGUAGUAGUAGUAGUAGUAGUAGUAGUAGUAGUAGUAGUAGUAGUAGUAGUAGUAGUAGUAGUAGUAGUAGUAGUAGUAGUAGUAGUAGUAGUAGUAGUAGUAGUAGUAGUAGUAGUAGUAGUAGUAGUAGUAGUAGUAGUAGUAGUAGUAGUAGUAGUAGUAGUAGUAGUAGUAGUAGUAGUAGUAGUAGUAGUAGUAGUAGUAGUAGUAGUAGUAGUAGUAGUAGUAGUAGUAGUAGUAGUAGUAGUAGUAGUAGUAGUAGUAGUAGUAGUAGUAGUAGUAGUAGUAGUAGUAGUAGUAGUAGUAGUAUUAGUAGUAGUAGUAGUAGUAGUAGUAGUAGUAGUAGUAGUAGUAGUAGUAGUAGUAGUAGUAGUAGUAGUAGUAGUAGUAGUAGUAGUAGUAGUAGUAGUAGUAGUAGUAGUAGUAGUAGUAGUAGUAGUAGUAGUAGUAGUAGUAGUAGUAGUAGUAGUAGUAGUAGUAGUAGUAGUAGUAGUAGUAGUAGUAGUAGUAGUAGUAGUAGUAGUAGUAGUAGUAGUAGUAGUAGUAGUAGUAGUAGUAGUAGUAGUAGUAGUAGUAGUAGUAGUAGUAGUAGUAGUAGUAGUAGUAGUAGUAGUAGUAGUAGUAGUAGUAGUAGUAGUAGUAGUAGUAGUAGUAGUAGUAGUAGUAGUAGUAGUAGUAGUAGUAGUAGUAGUAGUAGUAGUAGUAGUAGUAGUAGUAGUAGUAGUAGUAGUAGUAGUAGUAGUAGUAGUAGUAGUAGUAGUAGUAGUAGUAGUAGUAGUAGUAGUAGUAGUAGUAGUAGUAGUAGUAGUAGUAGUAGUAGUAGUAGUAGUAGUAGUAGUAGUAGUAGUAGUAGUAGUAGUAGUAGUAGUAGUAGUAGUAGUAGUAGUAGUAGUAGUAGUAGUAGUAGUAGUAGUAGUAGUAGUAGUAGUAGUAGUAGUAGUAGUAGUAGUAGUAGUAGUAGUAGUAGUAGUAGUAGUAGUAGUAGUAGUAGUAGUAGUAGUAGUAGUAGUAGUAGUAGUAGUAGUAGUAGUAGUAGUAGUAGUAGUAGUAGUAGUAGUAGUAGUAGUAGUAGUAGUAGUAGUAGUAGUAGUAGUAGUAGUAGUAGUAGUAGUAGUAGUAGUAGUAGUAGUAGUAGUAGUAGUAGUAGUAGUAGUAGUAGUAGUAGUAGUAGUAGUAGUAGUAGUAGUAGUAGUAGUAGUAGUAGUAGUAGUAGUAGUAGUAGUAGUAGUAGUAGUAGUAGUAGUAGUAGUAGUAGUAGUAGUAGUAGUAGUAGUAGUAGUAGUAGUAGUAGUAGUAGUAGUAGUAGUAGUAGUAGUAGUAGUAGUAGUAGUAGUAGUAGUAGUAGUAGUAGUAGUAGUAGUAGUAGUAGUAGUAGUAGUAGUAGUAGUAGUAGUAGUAGUAGUAGUAGUAGUAGUAGUAGUAGUAGUAGUAGUAGUAGUAGUAGUAGUAGUAGUAGUAGUAGUAGUAGUAGUAGUAGUAGUAGUAGUAGUAGUAGUAGUAGUAGUAGUAGUAGUAGUAGUAGUAGUAGUAGUAGUAGUAGUAGUAGUAGUAGUAGUAGUAGUAGUAGUAGUAGUAGUAGUAGUAGUAGUAGUAGUAGUAGUAGUAGUAGUAGUAGUAGUAGUAGUAGUAGUAGUAGUAGUAGUAGUAGUAGUAGUAGUAGUAGUAGUAGUAGUAGUAGUAGUAGUAGUAGUAAAGAGUAUUAA